UACCUGCAAUACUAAGCAAUACUAAAACACCUUGACUGCAGCGAAUGAUAACAAAGUCCGCUCCUCCUAGGACGAGUAUCAUCGUGCGAGGUUCAAGCUUGGAAUCUCUAUCCAUAAGUGCUUAUGGAAAACUUCACCAACACUUUUACCACUAUCCAACUACUUAUUCACCCCAUCGGGUGGCUCUUCUAAAUCCCAUUACUACCAACUCAUAUCUCAAUAUCACUCGAGACCAUGCCUCUAAGAUUUGCUUAUCGCCCCCUUUCGGGCUCUUCCUUGGACUCUCCUUCAGCAGCAUCCGCUGAUGAUAAAGAAGAGGGAUACGUCGAAUGCAAGCAUUGCACAACACGUAACCGGACUCGGAGGAACCAUUGGAUUGCUCAUACUGUGAGCUUGGUUGCUAUUAUCAUUCUAUCGAUCCUUUUGAUACGAUCCUAUGAUGGUGCCCUCAUAGCUGCAAGAUGUUGGGACAUGCAUAAUUACUACUCCCCUGUCAACAAGGCCUUGAAUACUCAGCCCUACAUCACGGUCCGGUUCAACGGGUCACUCUGGUAUGAGUCCCCCUUCAAAGGUCCACCAACCCCAGCCGUUGAAGAGGCUUGGCACUCAAUUAUGCAAUAUGGGAUGAUCGCCGUGUCCGCGUCAGACUAUGAGAAAGUCAAUCACUCAACCCGUACCGCAGUCCGGUUUCCUGAAGAAGCUGGGGGUGGAUACAUGGUGACGACAGUCGGAACACAUCAACUUCAUUGUCUACAUUUCCUCUGGCAAGACCAUCAUCGUACUUAUUUCCCGGACGUUUUACACAAGGUUCAAGAUGUUCCAGAGCUAUAUGAGCGGCAUUUUGAACAUUGUGUAGACUACAUCAGGCAGAGUAUUAUGUGUAACUUCGACACAGGUUUGGUGACGUAUGAUUGGGUCUUGGAGCAUCAAAAUCCGACUCCUAAUUCUAAUGCCAUGCACAUGUGUGUGAAUUGGGAUGCGGCGCAAGAGUGGUUGAGGGACAGAGCAGUUGAAAUCCCGGAUGGGUUCAAAUGGAAGCAGCCAGAGGGACAGGAAAGUCUACCAUGGAAUCCUUGAUAGAAGUUAAAAUAUGGGGGGUAGAGAUUUGAGAAAUGAUAGGUUGUCGGUAACGGCCGAGUGCAUGCGGUGAGAAUGCUGAACAACCUCGCUAGAAGGCGAACGAGCCACAACAUAAAGGGCUAAGGCUAGAACGAAUAUCUUGACGAAUCAUCUUCAUAGUUCAUAGCCCC